AUGGCUUCUCCAUUCGUUGCAGUCGCUGGCGCCUCGGGCGGACUGGGUCAGCUUGUUGCUAUGGAGCUGAUCAAAAAAGGCGUGGCCGUAAAGGCCCUCGUACGCCCGAACACUGAUCCAUUUCGUACCGAAAAGCUUCGCAGCGCCGGCGUUACCGUCACUCCGGUUAACUUCGAGGUACAAGCUCUCAUUCCAGAGCUGAAUGGAGCAAUAUGUGUCGUUUCCACGCUCCAGGGCUUGAAGGACGUUAUCCACACUGUCCAGGGCAACCUCCUGGAAGCCUCUGUAGCCGCCAAGGUGCCCAGGUUCAUCCCUUCCGACUUCUCUCUCGACUUCACCAAAACGAAGCCGGGGUCCAAUCGAAACUUGGAUCUGCGCCGAGAGUUCCAUGCGCAGCUGAAAAAGUCGGGCGUCGCUUGGACGAGUAUCCUCAACGGCGCGUUCAUGGAUCUGCUAGGUGGCGAUUCGCCGAUGAUCAAUCAUUCGAGGAGGAAGGUGGCAUAUAUCGGAGAGGCGACGCAGCUGCUCGAUUUCACAACUAUAGUGGACACUGCUGCGUACACGGCUGCAGUGGCUGCAGACCCGAAUCCUGCACCCUAUUUCCUCCGCAUUGCUGGCGAUACUGUCAAUGUACAGGAUAUCGCGGACGCGCAGAGCAAGGUGGAAGGUACACAAUACAAGCCCUCAUGGAUGGGCCCCGUGUGGUUCAUAGAGUUCGUGAUUCGGGUAUUACGACUUUUUGGCGGUGAAAACGAGACGUUCCCUGCUUGGCAGGGCAUGCAAUACAUGACGAACAUGUUUUCUGGAGCUGGGAAACUCGAGCCGCUAGAUAAUGACCGAUACCCCGAGCUGACUUGGACCAAAGUGGAGGAUUUCUUCCGACAGCAGAAGAACAAGGCCUCCAAUAGGUGA